AAUUUAAAAGUCAUCUGCCUCAGUAUAUCACUAAAAAAUUCAACUGUAUCCGAUUGACUUAAAAAGAUAAUAAAUUAUUUUUAUACUGAUUGACACUAAAAUUAUGAUACGCAGGAACGUGAAGAUUUGGGAAUAAUUUUAUUAGGGGGAAAAAAAUAAUGAACAUAAAAAUCUCAGCGACCCAUAAAAUCACAUUAAUCAAACGAAUGAAAGCCGCACACUGUCAACUUAAAAGACGUUUGAUUAUGAAUAUACACCAUCCCUGCCCGUUUCAGGACAUAUUUCGUUCGAUUUUGAUUUUAUUUCAAACGUCAUUCAUACACCGACGUGGGAUAAAUAAAUCAUAAAAUCAUUUACACACUGGGCCGAAUAAAAAGGGCGUACAUUUAAAAUGCAAGACAUUUGCGAUUGUUGACUUGAAAUCAUUGAAAUCUUUUCGUCGUAAUAUAAUACACCCGUGUAUGACCGAAAUCAUGACAUUACAUCGAUCAUCGUUCAAAACCAAUUCAUCUGUUUGAUAUUCAUAUUGAAAGUAAACGAACGCGGCUGUGAAAUUCUUAUCGUGGUCGUGAUAUAACGAUAAUUUGAUCACCGCUAUUGGUUUCUAUUGGUUUUCAGUGUGUCGAAUUGACGCGCACGCGAAUUAUUAACUUUGUGUAUGUCGCGCACAGUGGUGCGAAAACCGGGGUGGAUGGGGCGACGUUUAACAUCGGGGGGCCUUACCAUAGACGUGAACUCGGAGGAUAUUUUCAACGCGAAAGAAUCGAGUAACGCGUUUAAUGAUAAGUAAGUACUCGUAGUUGGUAGUCUUUAUCGGGAAAAAAAUAAUUUACCAUUACUUAAAUAGUUACAGGGCCUCGGACUUACUAUCGGAGCCCCAAAAUCCUAGUUGCGUCACUGAUCACACGCGUCUGAGCGAAGACGCGUGGCAGUCAGGUCCUCAUUCGAUUGCGAAUACCGCACAUGGUUCUGAAUGUUUUAUAAACAUUUGCGUCGUUUCGCGUAUUAUAUUUCGUGUACAGCGAUCGUACGCGUCCAAGUAUAAUAUCAAGCGAAACAGAACGCUAAGUCAGCAGUGCGGUAGUCGCACUGUUCGAGAGCACACAUUUGUCAACGCUUACUUUCUCAUCGCAGCCACCGACCGGUAAAUCGUUGAUCCGACGAACGUUAACCGCAGGACAAAACAUGCGGUCCAAGGAUCAUCGAAACGUGCACCAAGUGUUGAUCCGGCGCCGGUUGUGCAAUCCACACAAAUGCGUUUCGGCGGUUAGUGUCGGAGAACGGUGUGUCGGCGAAAGGUUUUCCGCGAACAACUGCUGCACCGGAUCUAGAACAGCGCUCCGUGUGCGCAUGCAAAUCAAUCGCGUAAGAAAAACCACCGCGCAACGCGCACCAGACGUACGCAAUUGCGUCAUCGACUCCGAUUCUUACCCGAGUCCGGACGAACGAGGGACGAACGAGGGACGAUCGAGACCGGUUGGGGAUGAGCUACGUGGAAACGGAAUGAUCUGUGUUUUCAAGGCAUUAUUGUUAACAUUAUUAUUAUUCGUCUUCGCUUCCGCAACGCUGCAGCCUUUAUUCCGGGGACAGAUGUCAUCGUCUGAAUAUAAACGCCCUUAACGAGACGCUGACGGUUGACGGGAUGGCAGCGGUGGACCCCCGAAGCGUUUAUUUUCUAUUCCAUAUAUCAAAUACUCGGUUCAUCUGUCGCCGGCGCGUUUUUUCGACCGUCCGCGCGCACCGCACUUUGCUUCUACAAAUUUAUUUUACUCCCAUCACACACUUCAUCAAGGCUCGACCCACACGGGGUCCGGUGUAAAACUUUACAUUCCAGAUCUGAACUGCUGCAGUGACAAUUAACGGUCUUUAAUGUAAGACGCCCAGUGCCCCGAUGACUUCAAGAUUUAAAUUACC